GCUAUAUAAGCUACGGCCCACCGCCUGUUCGGGCAUCAGUUGCAUUUGUUUCAUUCAGCAAGUAAAACAAUCUGAAAGCCAAUCCUCCCAAGAUGUUCAAGCUCGUCGCCGCCGUUGUCCUCGCUCUGAUUGCCUGCGCUGCCGCCAAGCCCGGCAUCGUGGCUCCUGUGGCCUACUCCGCCCCCUACGUGGCUGCCUCUCCCUACGUGGCGGCGUCCCCGUAUGUGGCGUCCCCGUAUGUGGCAUCUCCCUACGUCGCCUCUCCGUACACGGCCGCCUACGCUUCUCCGUACACCGCUGCCUACACCGCUGCUGCCUACGCCUCCCCCUACGCUGCCGCCUACGCAGCCCCCUAUGCCGCAGCUGCCGCCUACACCGCCCCCCUGCUGCUGAAGAAGUAGAGAGCACACCGGAAGUGCCACCCGCCCACCUGCCACCCGAACGGAAGUCGUGGCAACGAAUCCAGCAAAUGAAUCACAGAAAUAAACUCUAAUCAAACGAAGA